AUGGCGCUGCUGGCCAACCCGUCUUGGGCGCUGCGGCCGGACCUGUGCUCCAACGGCGGCAUGCUCGAGGUGGUGAAGACGCGCAACCACAGCAACUGCGAUCACGUCGCCGAGUCCCACUUCGGCCUGCGGCCCGCGCUGCGCUGUACGCCCGCGGACGCUAACUGCGGCGACUUCUGGACGAGGUCGUCGAUGACGCGGCUGGUGGGCUGCGGCUCUCGGCGCGACUUCCUGCUGCUGAGCGCGUCGAGCAGCUCCCGGGUCGUGGUCAACCUGCACCUGCACAACGGCACCGAGGCCUCCGCCAGCUGCUUCCUGCGCCUCAACCUGGCAGACCUCCGCCCCAUCAACGACAGCUUCCCGCUGCCGCACAAGGAGUACUCCAGGAAGAUCUCCGGCCUCUCCUACCUCUUCAGGGGCAAGAAGGACGGAGACACGCCGGAAAUUUGCAAGACGGAGGCGAACAGCACGGCCGCCCCCGAAGCGACCAGCAGCCUGGCAGGGGGCGCUGGCGGAGGCGGCGGAACCACUGCGGCCGGCCCUGCUCCCGCGCGCCGCAGGAGGAAAUUGGAGACGGAACCUGUCGAGUGGAUAAAACCGACGGAGACAUUGCCCUUCGAAGUCGCGGGUGAAGCUGCAGCUCCAGAAAUAGAAAUCGAUGCCGAAGAUGCUGAUGAGCCUGGAACCACGACGGUGGAAGUACCAGAGACGACGGUACCUGAGUUUUCUGAACCCACGCGAGUUGAUGCCUUCCAGCCUGACUGGGUAGUCCCUGAAGUUGAAAUCGAUGCUGAACGUACCGAAGAGUCCAGUCCCAAUAAUGUAGCUUCACUGGAAUUCCCAGAGGACGCGGAGGAGACCACGUCAACGCCUGAGCCGACAGAAGCCACGGAAGUGACGACCCGGCGCUCCAGGCACAGGUCGAGGAGCAGACACAGGUCCAGGAGCCGGCUGUUCGACAGCGACAACCAGGAGCUGGAGAACCAGCUGGAAGAGAGCGGGAGGCACCACCGCCGUCGCACCAGGGACACCAGGGCUGCGCCUGUGAGGCACGGCCUCUACACUCCACUGGCCAGGCCGCUGUCUCCGUACUACGUGUCGCACCGCGCGGGCGACGCGCACGCGUGCAUGGUGCAGCAGCUGAAGGAGCUGGUGACCGACAUCGCCAGCGACCUGGAGGAGUCGGCGCACAUCGCGCAGCGCCGCACGCUCGAGAAGAUGGCCGUCGCCGUCGAGAUGUGCCGCGCGCUGUCGCUGCCGGACCUGCAGCGCGCGCUCGCCGGGAUCAUGGACGCGCGCCGCAGUGACACCAGCCUCGUGCUCACAGAGCGGAAGGUGUACCGCGACGUGGUGAAGCUGUGCGGCACCAGCCCAGCGUUCCAGCUGGCGCGGUCGCUGCUCGAGACGAAGAAGCUGGUCGGCGAGGAGGCAGCGGAGCUCGUGUCGGCGCUGCCCGCAGCCCUCAUGGCGCCAGACGCCUCGCUCGUACAGAGCUUUUACGAGCUGGUCCGCUCGAAGGCGGUGCAGGAGGACGAGCCGCUGAAGGUGUCGGCGGUGCUGGCGUUCUCGCAGCUGGUGCGCGUCGCGUGCGCAGACGAGGCUGCCAGGCGCGCGAGGUUCCCGCCAGAGGCGAUGCGCGACGCGUGUUCUCCGGCGCAGGCCGCGCGCUUCCUUCCCUGGCUGGCGCGCCAGGCCCACAGGGAGCCCGCGCUGCGCACUGUCUACUUCGCCGCGCUCGGCAACACCGGCUCCUUCGCCGCCGUGCCCUCGCUCAAGGCGGCGGCGCUGAACGGCUCGCUGGCGGCGCACGAGCGCGCGGCGGCGCUGCUGUCGCUGCGCCAGGUGGCGCUGCGCCGGCCCGAGGCGGUCUCGCAGCUGCUGCUGGUGGUGUUCCGGGACUACGCGCAGCCGCUGCCCGUGCGCCUGGCGGCCGGCACGCUGCUGCUCUUCACGCGGCCCGGGCCCGCGCUUUGGCACCGCAUCGCCACCGCCACCUGGUUCGAGCCCAGCCCCGCCGUCGUCGCCUUCGUCUGGACCACUCUCAGCUCGCUCGCCUCUUCCGACGACCCGGUCACCAGAGACAUGAGCGAGUGGGCGCGCGGCGUGCUGAAGCUGGCCAAGCCGGCGCCGGUGGGCCCGCAGCUGCCGUACACGAGCGUGUGGACGGCGGCGUCCGCCGGAAUGCGCCAGCUGCUGCUGCAGGAGCUCAGCUACGCCCCCUCCGUCGGCGGCGCCAACCUCUACUACCGCCGCCUCACGCGGCUCGGCGGCUUCUCCACCAACGAAAUAGAGGCGGAGCUGUGGACGACGGACCCCGCUCGGCUGGUGGAGCUGUCGCUGCAGCACGCCUUCCCCGGGCCGGAGUCGGGCCCCAAGCAGAAGAGGCCCGCGCGGUCGGCGGCAGCCCCACGCAGCCUGUCCGCCAUUCGGGAGAAGCUGCGCAUCGCCGCGCGGAAGCUGCCGCGCCUGCAGGGCAGCCUCCGACUCAACUUCGGCGGGCUGCGCGACCGGCUCUUCCUGUUCGACAAGAACAUCGUUGACAACAUCGAUAAAGCGCUACAGAAGUUGGUGGAGGAGCUGCAGACGGGGAAGGACAUGCACUACCAGAACGCGGGGCAAGACGAGCUGGUGAUGGCGACCGUCAGCGAGCUGGGCUUCCCCGUCUCCUUCCAGCUCAAGUCGCUGCUGCUGGGCCGCGCCACCGCCAAGGCGCGCCUCAACCUGCAAGACCACGACCUCUCCGUCGAAGGCUCUGCACUGGUGACAUGGCAACUGCUGUCUGAGCUUGGGGUGUACACGGGCUGGGACGAUGUGCUGUAUCUGGCAGCGUCGCAUGCCACAUCACUGGCGCGUUUGCCAAAGAGCAGGCUGCGUGCCAGCCUGAAGGACGAGGCGCUGCAGUUGUCUGUGGAGCCCUUGGCGCCGGACAACGAGCCGCAGCUGCUGUUCCACCACAGCUGCACGCCGUUCACCGCGCAGCACGACAUCCUCAGCCUGGCACCCGCCAGCCUCAGCAAGAACGCCAAGCCCGACCUCACCGCGCCGGAGCACUACUCGCUGAAGGCGGGCGACCUGCACGUGGAGUACCAGUCCCACCAACGGCCUGCGUCGCUGUCCGACUGGCUGCUCAACUCGGCGCCCGUGUUCGGCUUCCCACUGCUCUGGGACACGCUGGACCACGCCAAAGUCCAGGUCGUGCUCGCACGCUGGCACCGCGUCGCGCUCACCAUUACUGUGGAUCACGCCCAAGUGGCGAAUGGCGUGUACAACAUACAGAGGGUGGCCCUAGCUGGAGCGCAGACGACCGAGGCGCCAGCAACCACGGAGAUGACGUCUGCCACGGAGCCGCUCUCGACCGAGGCUGCUACCGAAGCCCUGGCCACCACCGCCGCUGCUGCUGCCGGCACCACCGCGCCGCCCACCGAGGAGACCACACCCACCCCUGCCUCGACAACGACAACGACAACGACAACGACAUCGACCACGACGGCGACCCCUACGACUGUCGCAGAGGAAACCGCAUCGACUCCGACCACGCAGUCGACAACUACCACGCAAUCGACACCGACUCUGUUGACGCUGUUAACGGAACUGACGACUGUCCCGGAAAAUGUGUCUACGUCACCACCGUCGGUACUGCUGACUACGAUGCCAGAGCCGACCGAGGCACCGAAGGUGGUCGCCAACCUGACAGUGACACACCGCCAACCCGUGUCCUGGCCCACGCCAUUCAACGCCACCGACCUCGACCCCUUUUCCGAGACGAUCAACGGGAGCGGCCUACUGUAUCUUCUGGACAAGGCCUUCAACGGAACAGAUUACGGGCGCGCUCUGACGGUGUCCGUGAACGCGAGCGUGCUGGCGCAGGGCGAGCCGGCGGCCAGCGAGUACCACGGCGUGGCCACGCUGGCGCGCGCGCUGGAUGCACGCCUCAUCCGCGCCGGCGUCUUCCUCAACAGCGAGGAGGACUCCUGGCAGAUUGCGGCUACGGGCAGCUGGGAAGUUGAGCCGCUUCCGUUCCUGGACGUUGACAGCCUGCUGCGAAGUAACCUGGCGUGCAACAUCAGCGCCGACUUCGUCUACCAGGCCAACGAGACUAGGUACAUCGUCCUUGUUAAGGGCAGCGCGAGCCGCGGCGGGCCGCGCAGACAGCAGCUGCUGGAGGCGCUCGAGGGGGAGUGCCCCUCCGCCGCUCCCGCCACCCCCGUGCUGGAGUUCCUGGAGACGCCGGCGGAGCAGAAGACGGCGCGCGUGGUGCUGGAGGUGGACGAGAAGCGCGACGUGCUGGAGGCGUGGCUGCGCGUGCCGCCGCGCAGGGAGCCGGAGUUCCGCAGUUACGCGCUGGGCCCUCUGCUGCCGCAGCUCCUGCUGCUCAACCCCGCCACCAGCUUCGACCAGGGCCUCUACACUUCAGCGUACUGCGGCGUCAGCGGACAGGUGUUCCACACGUUCGACGGCGUGGAGUUCGAGUACGUGCUGGGGAACGACUGGCACCUGCUCACCAAGGACUGCUCGGGCCGCAGCGGCGUGGCCGUGCUCGUGCGACAGCCCACCGUCUCCAGCCUCGUAUGUACACACACCACCAAUUCUGCAUCUACACACACAGGCUCAUUCAUACAGGACAAUUAUUGA